AUGACGACCUUCUCCACCACUUAUCCACGUUUUCUUAAGGCAUCUCAUUACCCUCCUUCGAAUCAAUCAGAAGUUGCCGAUAAGCAUCCAUCAAAAAAGCUUGAACUUGAAUUCAUUCAUGGAUGCUCAAAAAAGGGUUGUAAGGGAACAUAUUUUCAUGUCAAUGAUGAACAUCAAUUGGUAUACCCUGCAGCUGGAUGUGGUGUUGUAUUCGAUGUACCAACGAACACUCAGAAAAUAUUUAGAAAGCAUGACGAUGAUGUGGUUUGCAUUGCCAAGCAUCACAAUCAGCGCUUGUUUGCACGUGGUCAAAUUGGAAAAGAUGACAUGAUUUAUAUUUGGGAUUCUCACCAACCUCAAGCAGGUCCCAUUGCAUCCAUUCCCACACAUAUCCAUUUUAAGAAUGGUGGUGUUAUGGCCAUUGUAUUUUCCAACUCGGGUGAUUUCAUUGCAUGUAUUGGUGGUAAUGAUACCAAUUCUCAAAUUCUCAUCUAUGAUUGGAAAAAAGUUAAAAGCAAGUGCAAAAUGUUUGAGUACCGAGUGACACUCAAGAUCUUCAAUACUGCAGAUUUAUCAUCAAGAUCUGGAGUAUUUGGAUCUAAGGGUACUCUACAAAAUACAUAUGGUGUGGUUUUUGUGGGUCCCAACGAGAGUGUUCGUACCGAUGAUGAUGCCAGAAGUAGUAAUAGCAGUUCUACCUCUACUACAUCAUCAUUGGAUGCACUAGUUGGUGUGGAAGAUGGUUCUCUCUAUCUAUUCAGAGAUGGUAAAGUGAUUCAAUCGUUCAUGAAGGCUCAUGAAGGUGCCAUCUAUUGCAUGACUCGGUGUCAAUUACCUCUGAAUGCUCAGAAAGGUUCUGGAAUUGUGAGCAGUGGUAAAGAUGGUGUGAUCAAGUGGUGGAGAUACCACCCACAAACCACACAACUCGUACUUGAAUGUUCUCUUCAAGUUGGAGGAUGUGUCAAAGCGAUUGUCGCUACUUGUCGUCCAUGGAGUACUACUACUACUACUUUUCUUACGGAUACGAAAGAUACUACUACUACUAGCCCUUCUACUACCUCCUACAGGAGACAGGAAAGAUAA